AUGCUUGCUCUUACUCGUCUUGCUCUGAAGCGAUGCUUAGUGGCUGAUAACGCGCUGGUUUCCCUUCCCGCUGGGGUGCGUCGCUGCGAGGUCUUUCGGAAUGUCGUUUCCAUGCAGGAGGAAGAGCUCAUUUACGAGGAGUUCAGCCGUGUACUCCAGAAAGAAGGGCAAACCGUCUACGCGCAUAACUCCUCGUCGGAUUCGAAGGCGAUCAAGCAAAGUUUUAUGGAGAUUCACGGUGAUAAGGACUUCACGGAGGUUAAGAAUCACACGCGAAAGGAAAUCCGGCGUCUCCCCGGGUUUACGUGGUCGCCGACCUUCCAGAACGUUCUCCGCGAGGUCGCCCCGCGGCUGAUGCGGGAGAUGCCCGAUACCGGCCGAGUGAUUGAGCAUCACCUCCCUGGUUAUGAAAUGCACACGGAGCACCCUACGGUGGGCUCUGUCUUUUUAUAUUUUAACUUUUUAUGCGAUACCGUGCUGGAAUUCGAUGACGAACCGACGGAGCGCUAUGGCCAGGUCUACCUCCCCGCGCGAUCGCUCCUGUGCGUUUCUGAUGAGGCGCGCUGGGGCUUUCGAUUUGGCGAGCGUACGGAGGACGAACACGUCUUCAUCAGCCCGAGUAAAGUCUCUCGGAGGGUAGAAAUGGAUAUGCGUUUUAGCAUCCAGGUUUGGAAGCUCUCCGCACGCCUGAUUGACGCGCAGAUGCUGCGUGAGCGCUUAGAGGAAGGGGUGGCGAUGGUGCAGGAAAAGUUCGCGACGAAAGCCUCCGCGACGUCGGAAAAAGCGCGCGAUGAAGCGGAGGCCAUGGCGGCGUUGGUCGACCCCGGGCUGAAUCGUUUUAAUUCCGUCGCGGCGACCCCAAAAGGGGGUUUGGCGGCGGACGCGAUGAGUUCCUUUGUGGGCUCCGCGUUAGGGGCCGAAGGGGGCUCCACGGAGCUCGGCGCCGGCCUUCUCGGUGGGGAUUUCAAACGCGAGGAUGGAAAGCCGCCGCCGAAGAAUUUCGAAUCGGCUAUCGGGGAGCUUCGCGGGGAUUAUGAAUCCCACCGAGAGCGCUUCCUUCGAACGCAGGGCAUCCUACAAGAGAUGAAGGCGUUGGGCGACGCAGGGCAGCCGAUCAACGAUGCCUACCUCAAAAAGAAGAUUAGCGAGGCGACCGCGUCGGAUCCGGAGCGGGAUCGCCUGGAAGGAUUUGAUGCGGAGGACGUGGAAGGGACCUGGGAGCGCGCGGACGCCAAGGCGCGGUUUUACAAGGCGAAGAUGCUCAAAAUGGAUUACGACGGCACGGCCUACCGCAACCGGAAGAUGCCGGAUAUCACGAAGGAGGCCCCGCUGGAGAUGCGCGCGACGGUGGAGAAGGUCGCGCCGCAUAUCCCGGGCGCCGAGGAGCUGCUUAAAUCCUUUCCGAAAGGUCGAUAA